UGAUUAUAUAAAUAUAAAUUUUGUGAGCGAGUUACACACGUAGAAACAACAAACAGAGUCAUAUAAAUAGGUUCGAACGUAGCUAGAAAGAUCCACAUAAGACAUAACCAGAGAGAGAGAGAGAGAAGUCAUGGCUGGUCUGCAAAGAUCCGCGGUGUCUUUCAGGAGACAAGGUUCAUCAGGGCUUGUUUGGGACGACAAGUUAAUAUCAGAGGAAUUAGACCAAAAGGGUAACGACCUUAACACCAGAACACCACCACCCCCCACCCUCCCCAGAACCCGCUCCAACUCCGCCUACCGCACCGGAAAAGUCUCGCCGGCGAUCGACCCUCCCUCCCCCAAGCUCUCCGCUUGCGGCUGCGGCUCCGCCUACCGCACCGGAAAAGUCUCGCCGGCGAUCGACCCUCCCUCCCCCAAGCUCUCCGCUUGCGGCUGCUGCACCGCCUUUGCAAAAUCACCCGCCAAGCCCCUUAAGCAUCGAACCAGGUAGCUAGCUCUUCCACCACCGUUUCCGCUUAUAUAUCUAUGUGCCUCAAAUGGUCAAUUGUAGCUUUUUAUAACAAGUGGAUCUUUUAAUAGAGAUAAUCAUGUUGGAGUAAGUAUUGUUAUGAUUUCCGCUCUAGACUCCAAUUUUAAAUUUCUGAUUAAGCUAGAUCAAUAUGUUACCGUCUUAUAAUUUUAGUUUGUUUUCAAUUGUAUCGUGGAAGAAGAGAUGCUGGUUUCUGAAUUAUGUGUAUAUUUGUUGGGUCGACCAAGAAUUUUGAUCUAUGUACAAUGUAAAUCUUUCAAUAACAUCUUUCACAUGAUUGUGCUUGCACAAAUUUGGGAUGGGUGCAAUAUGUCAAAGUGAUUUAGUACGCCACAAAAUAUGAUAAUUAUGAGGAAAUUUAAUUCAAA